UCAUUUUUUCGGCCUCUGACUGCAGCUGAAAUGGCCUCCUCCGACAACGCCAUGACGGAGUCUGUCGGGCAGCCGAAGUGGAAGAACACGCAUCAUCCCCUCGUCCAUCAGCAUUCGUCCACCGAACUGCAGCACUCACAGACGUCUCAACCGAGUGGUACCGUUUCGGCCGAUUUGCUCACCAACUAUGCAGAGGUUGUCGAUGUUUCUUUGAUAAAAGCCGUCUUUCAGGGCGACAACAAGACCGGCCGAAUCAAGUCCCGCCUCCACUGCUGGUUGUGGACUCGGCGGCCGAGAAGAGAGCGUAGAAUGAUCAUAGCUUUGGUCGUUCUCUCCGUCAUUUGCCUCCUUUUGGCAGCUUUUUUCAUCUUCACCUCAAUUCUACUGUAUUGCACAAAGGCUGGGUCCACAGAAUCAGGUUCUUCUGGUGACUUUCGAGAGUCAAAGCCUUCAAUCAGGCGCAGAUUUGGUGAAACGGUAAUCAGAAGCACCGGUACCAUUUCGUGCAUAUUCGCCUUUCUGACAUGCCCCAAAGAUGAACAUUGGUUGGUCAUUUAUGCCAGUUUUGAGCCAUCAGAACGCCUAUCGCCCAGUCAAUUUGUCAUGGCGACCAUUUAUGGUCGUCAUGUGCAUAGUCGUCAGGGUGAAACCUCACGUUGA